AUGCCGUCUACGGACCCUUUUUCAGAAGUCGCCAAAACCGUCAGCCAGUAUAGGAAUUCCAUACACAAUUCUAAGCAGAGUGCACAUCUCAGCGAAGUAGUUGCACCAACCUGCGCCCGAGUUAAAGCUAGCUCUAACUCUAAUCAAAUCACCCUACGCUAUUUUUGUCUCUUCCUUCAGCUCAACAAGGAGAUAGAAGCCACUUGCUGGCUCAAUUCGCUCAGUCCUUAUGACUCGGAUAAUUACAGGAGAGCGUUUCCAAAAUUGCUAGAGUUUUGCAACGGAAGGAUGUUGAAAACACCGGACCUAGAAGUUAAGAUGGAUCUCUCACGUCUGCCACCUCUAAGUGAGAGCCCGCGCGAUGUCCACGACUUGAUCCAUCUGAUAGGAUGUUUUUUGAGUGCUCAUCCUACUAUGGCCCACGGGGCUUUACUCAUCUUGGAGAAAUUAAUUGGGUUUUGUGGCGAGCAGAGUGAAGGUACGCCAUCGGAACCCGCUCAGAACAGUCAGACGGGGAGAAAAAGGAAAGCCCCUGGCAGAACUGCGCUACGGAUGAAAAAGUCCAAAUCUAGCAACAAAACGACUCAGCGCGGCGGUGAUCUUCCUGCAAAUAGAAAUCUCGAAGGCAACAUAUACGAAUCAUCGGAGUUGAAGCCUAUAUAUAACCGCAGACUAACAAGAAGCCAGGGGAAACGUAAUCCCCCCGCAAGCGUCGGAACUGGACGCUCCAAGAUCGAAGAGAUUAUCGACAGUGAUAACAGCCACGAUGAAACUGAACCUCCCGAGAUCGAAGACAUAACCGACGACGAUAGCAACUACGGUGAAGCCGAACCUCCUAAGAUCGAAGAGAUAACCGACGGCGAUAGUAGCUAUGACGAAACUCAACCUCUCGAGAUCGAAGAGAUAACCGACGGCGAUAGUAGCUAUGACGAAACUCAACCUCUCAAGAUCGAAGAGAUAACCGACGGCGAUAGUAACUAUGAUGAAACGCAAUUCAAGACCGAGGAGGGAGAUACCAACGAACUGGAGGCUGGCACACUUAAAUACGAAAAUUGUUUGAUUUGCAAGCGUCAUAUCUCGUCUCGUCAGGCCAUAUCCAGGCGCUUCCGGGCUUACCUUAAUCACGCCAGUCGGGAACAUUCAGGCGAUCCCCAUCUCGAAACGCUAACCAAAUAUAAGUGUCAUGUUUGCAGUCGCUUCUUUGUCAGCGAGCUAGCUUUAAAUGUACAUGCGGGCAAUCCGCCUCAUUGCAUGUUGGAUCCUAAUACAAGCGGGUGGGAGGUGUAUGAGUCGGUUGAGUCCCACUCCGCACCCACUGUAUGGGAUUGCAAGAAAUGCAGGGUUAGGAUACCUCUGAGAGAAGCGAAUGAUUAUACGAGUUUGCUUCAGAAAGCGAUUUGUCAUUUGAACAGAAAACAUGGCCUCUGGAUGACUAUGAAAUGUUCAGUUUGUAUGAAGACCUUCAUGUCGAUUCAAGAUAUGGUUCGUCACCGAGAAAGAUUCGGAACCAUGAACUACCGCGCGGUGGGAAAGACCUGGACUGUCCCCCUUUACAGAACUCCGAAGAACUAG